UUCACAAGGUGCGAUCGUCCGAGUUGCGCAAUUGCGUCGUCCAGCAGAUCAAGAGCAUGAGCAGCGAGAAGCGUCGAGUCGGGUCGCCAACGAGGGUCGUCGACAAGGACGACGUACUCAUGGCGAUCGUUAAGUUUACCACGACUGCAGAAGAUGUCUCAACGUUCCUCGACGCUAUCUCGGCCACCACGCGCUGUGGCCCGCUGAAAGCGCUCUCGGAGCUCCUUCGAGAUCCGCUCAAGGCUCUGCGCGACGCUCGUGACGAGGCGACGGCCUUGACGAUGCUGUGGCCUCGGCUUCAGCUGGAUUACGUUGUUGACGUGAAGCGCGUCAUUGACGCCAUGCCGAUCUACAACUCUUUUGAGGUCGGCAGCCUGCACUUGUGGAAGGACAUGUCGCCCAGCAUGGACGUUUUGGCACAGCUCGUCGCUUCGUACGGUGAGAAGUUUACGCAUAUCAAGAUCGACUCGAAGUACCCGUGCGAGAACGAAAAGAAUGUCGUCACGCUCUGCAACAUUCUUCGGCAGAGCACACGUCUCGACGUCGUUUCCGUGGGCAACACCGGCUACGACAUGGCCAUCGUCGCGGCGGUCACGACACCAAAGCAUUCCGUCCGUCGUUUGAGCGUCGCAAGCGAUCGCGCCGAGGACAACUGGGCCGAGAAUCUCGUGCCUUGGCUGCAGUCUGGCCACGCCGACCACCUUGGCAUCCAGUACGACGUCGAAAAGAGCGGCGAGAACAGAAGCAUUGCGGACGUGCUCGUUGCCGCCGCUGCGAGCUCCCUCUCGAGCUUGAACGUGCUCGUUCACGGCGCCGAGCCCCUCCCGCCGGUCGACACGCACACAACCCGCUUCCAGAACCUCUCGACCUUGUGCGUCCGUGUCGAUCAAGACGCGCCUUUUUUCAAGAGCCUUCUGGACCGCGUCGACCCGACCAAGCUGAGACGACUCUCGGUCACGUGCAGCGACGAAAGCGACAACAUCGGCUUUGUCUUGGACACGCUGCCGCACCUCUCGGCCCUCAACGAGCUCCAGAUUUGUAGCGGCGCGUUCGACGUUGACGAGCUACCUCCAGCUGUCAUGACCUCCUCGUCUGCUCUGACGUCGAUCACGAUGGAGGACAUUCAGUUUUCGUCGAAUGCCGCCGCUGCGCUCGGCGCGCUUUUCGCCAACGUACUCGACCUCAAGACGCUCUCGUGGCGCGAUUGCUUUGUUGACGAUACAACUUUUGGCGAUGUGAUCUUGUCGAACUUGCCGCUCUGGAUCCGCAACGGCGUUCGCGCAAUCGAUUUGGCUGGCUGCGACGCAAUGGACGGCUUCCCCGACCAUCUGGUGCGAGCCCUCCGUGGCGCGACGAGUCCAUCGGGCAUUGACAUCAACUUGUCCGACAACGGGUUCACCCAUGAAAAGUACGUGAUGCUCUUCAAGGCGCUCACGACCUGCACCGGCGUCUCGGUCGUGCUCGAACCGUCCGUCGAGCUUGGUGGUGAGGCCGUCGCGCGCGAGGCCCAUCUUGCCCGGGAAGACUUUGAGGUCAUGUUGCACGGUUUGCCGGAGCUCGAGCUCGAGUGGAACGAAUAUGUUACACCAGAGCUACCCGAAGGCGAGGUUUGCGUCACGCUCCGUGUCAGUUGCCGUCGCUAACACUCGUUUGACCUUCACUUUGAAUCCAUUCUCACUUUGAAUACAUAAGCACGAGCUAGGACUGUAAUUCUUCUUUUAUACAGUGACCACUAUGUAGUACUAGGAGCUGAUAACGGGUUCGAAUACACCAGUACGUACGA